AUGGGUUAUUUUAAAGUGAAGGUUUACCAUGGAGGAUGGUUUACGUAUAAGAACGGUCCAUUAGAGUAUGUGGGAGGAGAAACAACGGUGAUAGAAGAGAUUGACGGUGAUCGGUGGUCUGUAUUUGAAGCGUAUGCUGAGCUAAAGCAACUUGGUUACGUCGAGGAGAAUAUCCCAUCAUUAUGGUUCAAGGAUCCAGUUGCUGAAGACAUGGAGAAAAAUCUGAAAUUGUUUAAAACUGAUGCGGAUUCCAUUGAGAUGUGUCGAAUAGCAGAGUUGAGAGACCAUGUAGAUUUAUAUGUUGUCCAUAAGGUUCAGGACGAAGAGAUGUUUCUUGAUGUUGGCUACAUUGAUGUUGGGGAUAAAGAUGGGAUGUGUGACAUUAGUGAGGGGCAGGAGCUGGUUCCGUAUGGGGGAGUAGAUGAGGGGGGAAAGCAAUCUAAACCAUUUGCUGCUGACUCUGGGGCAGAGGACGACAAUGAAGUUGGGUAUGAUAAAUCUAGUGAUAGUGACAGUCUCGAUUCGGAGUACAAUCCAUCUGGGGAAGAGGACGAUAGUGAAGAUGAUGUGCACUUUACUGAUAGUGAUGAUGAUGUUGAUCCUGAGGUAAGUGGGUUUCAAGAUGUGAAUGUGAUGAGUAAAAAACCUAGGGCUGUGAAUAAGAAUGCUUGUGCAAAUGAGCAAUUUGAGAAUGUUGAGGGAGGAGACCGUGAUGACUUAGAUUUUGAUCACCAGGUUGGGUCUGAUUCAGAGCAUGAGGGCUUCACAUUUCCAGUUCACAAGCUUCAGAAAGAUAUGAGUCAAUACAAAUGGGAAGUUAGCACUUUGUAUGCAUCUCAGGAUGAGUUCAAGGACACUGUAACUGCUUAUGCUGUGCAUACGGCAAGGUCAAUCAGGUUUAGGAAGUGUGACUUGCAGAGGGUUAGGGCUGUUUGUUCGGGUGAUUGUCCUUUCUGGGUGUAUGCUGCAAAGGUCAGGGGUGAGGAAACUUGGCAGCUACGCAGCAUGAACUUGACACACACAUGCACACAAGCACACAGGGUGGGGAUCUUACGUUCGAAAUGGCUCGGCAAGGCGUUUAAGAAGAAGGUUGAGUCAAAUCCGAAGGUGAAAAUAAAGGAGUUGGUUUCGAAGGCACAGAAGAAAUGGAACUUGACUGUCACUAAGUCACUGGCCACUAAGACCAAGCAGAUUGCACUUGAUCAAAUUCAGGAAACCUUCCGAGAGCAGUAUAAAAGAAUUUACGAUUAUGGACAGGAGCUGAUGAGGGCAAAUCCAGGAUCCUCCGUUCGCAUACAAGUGCAGAGGUCCCCAGAUCUUGACAGUAAAGCACCAGCAUCAUCAAGGACCAGUUACUGCAUUUUUCAGAGGAUCUAUGUGUGCUUGGAAGCAUGCAAGCAGAGCUUCCAGCAUUGCAAGGAUUUCAUUGGCCUAGAUGGCUGCUUUUUGAAGUCACCCCAGGGAGGACAGCUGCUAACUGCAAUUGGGUGGGAUCCCAAUGACCAAAUGCUGCCGAUUGCGUAUGCGGUUGUGGAAGCCGAGACGAAGGACUCAUGGAGUUGGUUUCUAAGUCAGCUUGCAUCUGAUGUUGGGCUGGAUAAGAUGGGAAGAUCUACUUUCAUGUCUGACCAACAAAAAGGUCUGUUGCCAGCAUAUGAGGAGGUUAUACCUGGUGUGGAUAAUCGGUUCUGUGUGAGACACUUGUAA